AUCCCACCAGCUCACGACUUCUGUCUCUUCUUGUUUACUUUUAGAAAUUCAGUCGCUCAACAGUCGUCGAUAUGAGUGUGUGACGGUUUCCCCUGCAAACGCGCGUUCACGUGCUUUACCAUGAUGUCGGUUCAGACUUACGAAAGUGCCGUUUUUUGCGUUUUUAUCUAUUUGAUUGUGGCUUGUGACGGGAUAUCUGCACAAGAUUUAAUGUGCUGUUCGCAUACCACGGGCUCCUGCAGAAGUGUGUGCGAGAAGAUAUCAUUAGCGCAACUAGCCGCCGAUGGCCGCUUGAGGAACCAGACGAUCCAAGAAGUACAGAAAUUCUGUUCCCCUCAGCUGAGCACAUUUUGGGAGUGCCUCAACGCCACGUUCAAAGACAUGUCGCGGGGCGAAUCCUGGUCCGGCCGUUUUUGCUGCCCCAUCCCACAAAGCAGCAGCUGUCGAAAGGCCUGCAUCACCGCAACCUCCUCCUCCGACCUAAUCCACGGUUGUCGCCAAAGCGACGAAAUCGACUUCUUCGGCUGCCUCGAAAGACAAAAGAACGGCGAAACCUGCUGCAGCAACUCCAAAAGCGACGACUGCCACAGAGUUUGCCGCGAAAUCUUCCGCAGCCGCUGGACCCCGAGCUCCUCCCUCAGACUAAAAGUACAAGAAACGUGCGAGAAAAACAGCCCCAAAGUGAUGGAGUGUGUCAAGGACUUCAUUAAAGUGACACCAGCGAAGAAUUUACACAAAAAAAUGCAUUGCUGCGAUAUGUCCAACCACAGCAAGUGCCGCGAAGCGUGUAAGAAACUGCUGUCUACGAAGAACAUUACCCUUCAGGAGACCAUAGAUGGGUUGCAGAUGGGCGGCUGUGGGCUGCCGCUACCGCAGGAGUACUUCUGGUCGUGUUUUUUCAAACCUGCGGAAACUGCGACCACUUCGGUUGAAGUGUCGCGGAUUGAAAGAGUUGGAAUGGAUUCGGCUAAGUGGAUGUGUUGCCAGAAGGCGUCCAGUCAUUCGUGCCAGAAAUUGUGUACCAAGACGUUCACGAAGUUUUGGUCGACGUCUUGGGAUGAGUUCCACAAUAAGUGUCUCACUCAGGUUGCUGAGGAGAACUUGAGGAAUUGCAUAGAUGAAGUGGAUGAACCUUGCGAACUUGGUUGCGAUGGUCUCAGCUUUUGUACCAACUUCAACAACAGACCCACUGAACUUUUCCGUUCUUGUAACUCGGAAGCGGAUGAGGCGGCCCGUAACGAUGUCGCUGUGUGGCAAUUCCAGAACAAAUUGACCCUACCGGGGUUAAUUCUCCCGUUGAAGAACAUCUCCCAGUGUUCUCCAAACGUCUGGAAGACAGUCGCUUGCACCCUUCAGAUCAAACCAUGUUCCCGACACUCCCACGCUAAUCAAAUUUGUCGAGACGUCUGUCUGGAUAUUCUUUCCAAGUGUGUGGACUGGACCAGAAUAACGCCCGAACAUUCAGCUGAAACCAUCUGUGCUGGUUUGUCUCCGGAAGACCCGACUGUGUCUUGUAUAAGUCUUCAGAAAUUUCUGCAUCCUUCUGAACACGGUUACCAACGAAUCAACGACCAAGUUUUCUCACCGUGCAAGGGUAACCCGUGCAAGUCCCACGAGAUUUGUCUACUAAACAAGAACUGCAUCCUUGGUGGCAACUGUUUACCGUAUACGUGUGUCCCGGGGUGUAAACUGGGUGAAGUUAGUGAGUACAUGGUACCGGAUGGUACUUACGUCCGCAUUCCCAUCCACAGCAACAAUAAACCGAAAGGUUGCUUGAAGAUUUGUAAGUGUAAUAAGGGAAAGAUCGAGGAGUGUCAGCCGUUGUUAUGUGUAUCUUUGACUCCGUGUCUGUUGGGUACACAGUACCAUCCGCUGCAUGGGACUUCGUUCGAAAUGGACUGUAAGACGUGCAGUUGUUUCGCUGGUGAAGUGAUUUGUAGUAAGAGGCAGUGCGAAAGUAACGCUCUUACUGGAGAAAAUACCGCUUAUACGUCGUUGCCUUGCAAUUGUUUGCCUCACUACGUCCCGGUGUGUGGGAAAGAUGGGAACAACUACCCGUCGGCGUGUUUAGCAAAGUGUGCUGGCUUAAGCGAUUCCGAUAUCGAACCAGCCCCCUGCGAAGACCCCUGCCGUUCCCAUAACUGUCCAAUUGGUCAUAAAUGCGUUCCUCGACCCCAAAUCUGCUUAUUCUUAAUGGAACACCACAAAGACUGCAAACAGUACGAGUGCGUGAACGGUACCACCAACUGCCACAGCCUGCCAAAGUCGCCCGUUUGCAGCAUGAACAACUCCGAGUACGAAAACUCCUGCAUGCUAGCCCACCACAACGCUCGCCUCGCCUACCACGGGCCGUGUUUGAAAAACUGCCGCCACGAUGGGGUGGUUUGCGGCAUCAACGGUCGUACCUACAUCUCCGAGUGCGCGGCUUGGGCGGAUAUGGUUUCUGUGGACUACAUGGGCCGGUGCCGGAUGGUCGGGCUGAUCGGGGAUACCAAGAGCGAGCAGUGCCCCGACGUCAAGUGUGCCCCUUUACCCGAUCCGCACUGCUUGGGGAUCACGCCCCCGGGAGCUUGUUGCCCCAUCUGCGGCGGCGCCUUGAGACUGCUCUACUCCAAGAACCAGAUCCACCGGGCGCUGUACGCCUUGAAGAACUCCGAUACUGAGUCGCUGACGCUGAAGGCCAUGUUGAAGGCCCUGGAUAGGCAGAUUCAUGUGGCCCGGUGCGUCCUUCGGGGCUACUUGACCGUAGAGAUGGACGUUUUUAUCGCCGUGCAGACGACCGAGAAGAACCCGUCGGGUUUGCAGCUCGAGGCGUGCGUCCGGGAGGCCGAGAAAAUCGCGAGUUUGAUAAACAUGCAAAGUCCGAGGAUAGUCAGCGAGUUGAGUUUGAGUUCUUUGACUCUGGCUAGUGUCGUUCAUGUGAGUUCGGCUGCUGGUUUGAGGGUCACUACCCUACUUUUAGCGGUGCUUUUGUUGUUGAAAUUUGUUUGAUACCUAGAGCUGUUACCAAAAAUUUGACAAAUUUUGAUCUCAGUUUCAAUGAGUUUAGUUUCUGAUUGUUGACAAAAAGGCCAAAUAUUGUACCAAAGAAUUAUUAUGACUAUGUAUUGUGCCAUCUCGCUAUUUCUGUCGCGUUUAACAAUUAGCAGUCUGUAUUUAUAGACCGUUUACAAAGAAACUCGGAUCGUUAAGCAAAUUAUGCAAGCGACUGGAUUUAGACGGAUAAGUAACAGAUGUGGCCUUAUUUUUCUUGUUUAAAAGUUCAAAAGGUACUGAUAUGUAAUUAAGACAGCAUUAUUAAGUGCCAAAACGAAGUCAUGUCGGGCCAGUUUCUAUGCGAUUCUGUGAUAUGUACUAUAUGUAAAUACUUUUAAGAUGUUAUUUUAUUCAAAGUUAUUAACGGAUGUAAAUAACAAAUGUACAUAAAAAGAGAUUUUAUACUGCUUCAUUUAUCGUACACUUGUAGGUUUAACGAUUUUGUGAUUGUAAGUUUAUUUUCAAAUCUGUAAUAUUAUUUGCAACAGUGUAACGUUUAAACCAAAUCGUUUUUGUAAUUUAUUGAAAUUAAAUUAUUUAAAAUUC